GCCGCUUAUGUUUUCUUAAAGAUGGGAGACGCUACUCAGCCUGAGCAGUAGCAGCAGUGAAGGCAUUGUAGAGUUACAAUAUUCUAUGGGUAAUAAUUUUCCCCAAGGAGUCAGUUUUGGUCUUCAGCAUUAUGAAAGUAACUGUGGCCACACUGAGGCCUGAGAAUAAUUGCCACUUGUGAAGCAUUCACUCUCCUGAAGGUACUAUACUUGGCACUUAAUUCACACAACCCCCAUAUUAUUAUACUAAUGUUAUAAAAGUGGGUACUGAGACUGAGAGAGGUUAUAUUAUUUUCCCCAGACCACACAAGUAGUAAGUUGGAAACUAGGAAUCAGGUUGGAGAAAUUUCUGCUGUUGAAGCUAGUGUUCUCUUUUAGAACCUGCAAGCACCUCACAGAGAACUGACACUUAGGACUAGUGGCUAAAUUAGGUUUAUUUAAUAUCAAAAUAAUGACAAAGAGAGGAGUUAAGUGUCAGAAAUGAAAGAUACCUAAAUGUGUCAUCCAACAAAAUAUGAGUAUGCUCAUUAUUAUCCAGAUAUUAAGGGCAUUUUCAAAUUUAGCUAAUGAAAUGAUAACCAUGGUUCGGGAAAGAACUACUCUGAGAUUCUGCAUUUACUAGGGAUUUGCAGUCAUGAUGGGCGGUGAUUGUUAUUACUCACAGAAGAGACAUAAUGUGAGGCUUUGACAGUCCAUACAGAUGGAAACGUGUAAAGUGGAGUGGACGAUGCAGACAACUGGGCCCCCAGCGAGAGCACCACCCAGGCCUUUCUGGGCUUCAUGCAUGUACCUCUGUGGCGCCCACUGUCCUGGGCAGCUUCAAGGAGGGCUUCUCCGUCCAGCCUAAGCUGAGGUCCCCAAAAUGCCUCAACAGCAGCCCCCAGACCCCCAUCAGCUCCCUGAAGUUCUCAUCCCUUGAGGGGUUCCAGCCCAACCUUGGCCCACCAGAGAGCAUGGAGCCCUCUCUACCUCCUCUCCUGCUGCAGCAGCUGCCACCACCACCUGGGAGCACUGUCCCCUGCCCCAUCUGAUCCCCACAGGGCCCAAGAAGUCAAAGAGGGGCCGUGGGUGCCCUGGGCGCUGGGAGGACGGGUAGGAAUGAAGACAGCCGUUGAGGCUUCUCUCUGCAGGCGGUGAAGGCAGCAGGACCCUGGGGACUUUCGGGGUACUGGAGUGAGUGUGCGAGAGCCUGUUUCUGUGUUGGGAAUGGCUGUGACCCUGAGUCAUAAGCAUGAAGGGCUGGCUGCGGUAAUGGCUGUCCGUGAAGGAGACUCCCACGGCUGAACUGUACGCUUGCAGAAUUAAAGUAUCAAAUCAGGAGGUAAAAGAAAAAAAAAAGAUUUGAAUGAAAGAGAAGUUAACUAAUGGAAUUGUACUUACACGUUAAGCCACCGGAUGUCGCUGUCCUCCACAAAAUGGGUUUCUAGAACAAAGGCAGAAACCUGCGUUUCUCCCGGACUAGGAAGGAGCUUCAUUCUGAGAUCUGAGCCAUUUCAAUAAAACCGAACGUAAGCAAUCCACCAGGAGAAUCCAGGGCGUGUGACUCUUCUAGACCGCUGACUCGAAGAUUAGUGAAAGAGGGGAAGGGUAUGUAUGAUGUUUGUUUACAGACUCAGAGGCCUGAGAACCCGGCACCUGCUGCUUUCGCUUCUGCUCCUCGCAUCCUGGGAAACCGGGAGGGGUCAGGUCCACUACUCAGUCCCCGAGGAGGCCAAACACGGCACCUUCGUGGGCCGCAUCGCGCAGGACCUGGGGCUGGAGCUGACGGAGCUGGUGCCGCGCCUGUUCCGGGUGGCGUCCAAAGGGCGCGGGGAUCUUCUGGAGGUAAACCUGCAGAAUGGCAUCUUGUUUGUGAAUUCUCGGAUCGACCGCGAGGAGCUGUGCGGGCGGAGCGCGGAGUGCAGCAUCCACCUGGAGGUGGUGGUGGAGCGGCCGCUGCAGGUUUUCCACGUGGAGGUGGAGGUAAAGGACAUUAACGACAACCCGCCGGUGUUCUCCGUCUCAGAACAAAAACUCUCAAUACCCGAAUCCCGACUGCUGGACUCCAGAUUUCCGCUAGAAGGCGCAUCUGACGCGGAUGUUGGAGAAAACGCAGUGCUUACGUACAGACUCAGCCCAAAUGAGUUUUUCAUUCUUGAUACUAUAAGCAAAAAAGACAAAGGCAAAUUCCCAGUACUUGUUCUACGAAAACUGUUGGAUCGUGAAGAAAAUCCUCAACUUCCGUUGUUAUUAACGGCAACUGAUGGAGGCAAACCGGAACGUACUGGAUCUGUUUCUCUGCUGAUCUUGGUCUUGGAUGCCAAUGAUAAUGCUCCUAUGUUUGACCGAUCCAUUUAUGAAGUUAAGAUGUAUGAAAACGCACCGAACCAAACGUUAGUAAUAUGGCUAAAUGCUUCUGAUGCGGAUGAAGGAAUAAACAAGGAACUGACAUAUUCCUUCAGCUCUUUGGUUACACCCAGCAUAAGGAGGAAAUUUCUGAUGAAUGAAAGGACAGGAGAAAUAAGAGUAAAUGAUGCUAUUGAUUUUGAGGAUAGUAACACGUACGAAAUUCACGUAGAUGUUACAGAUAAAGGAAACCCACCUAUGGUUGGUCACUGCACUGUCCUAGUGGAAAUCCUGGAUGAAAAUGACAAUUCACCUGAGGUGGUUGUCACUUCGCUCUCUCUUCCCGUGCGAGAGGAUGCUCAGGUGGACACUGUCAUCGCCUUGAUCAGCGUGUCUGACCGUGACUCUGGCGUCAAUGGGCAGGUGACCUGCUCCCUAACACCGCAUGUUCCCUUCAAGCUGGUGUCCACCUUCAAGAAUUACUAUUCACUGGUGCUGGACAGCGCCCUGGACCGCGAGAGCGUGGUGGACUAUGCUGUAGUAGUGACCGCAAGGGACCUGGGCUCACCCUCGCUGUCAGCCACAACCAGCGUGUCGGUGGAGGUGGCAGACGUGAACGACAACGCGCCCACGUUCGCGCAGCCCGAGUACACGGUGUUCGUGAAGGAGAACAACCCGCCCGGCUGCCACAUCUUCACGGUGUCCGCGCGGGACUUGGACGCGCAGGAGAACGCGCUGGUGUCCUACUCGCUGGUGGAGCGGCGGGUGGGCGAGCGAGCGCUGUCGAGCUACGUGUCUGUGCACGCGGAGAGCGGCAAGGUGUUCGCGCUGCAGCCUCUGGACCACGAGGAGCUGGAGCUGCUGCAGUUCCAGGUGAGCGCGCGCGACGCGGGCGUGCCUCCUCUGGGCAGCAACGUGACGCUGCAGGUGUUCGUGCUGGACGAGAACGACAACGCGCCCGCGCUCCUGCCGCCUGGGGCGAGAGGCGGGGGCGGCACAGUGAGCCAGCCAGUAUCUCGGUCUGUGGGCGCGGGCCAUGUGGUGGCGAAGGUGCGCGCGGUGGACGCGGACUCUGGGUACAACGCGUGGCUGUCUUAUGAGCUGCAGCCGGCGGCGGAUGGUGCUCGCAGCCCAUUCCGCGUGGGGCUGUACACGGGCGAGAUCAGCACAACGCGCAACCUGGAUGAGGCGGACACUCCGCGCCAGCGCCUUCUGGUGCUGGUGAAGGACCACGGGGAACCGGCGCUUGCGGCCACGGCCACCGUGCUGCUGUCCCUUGUGGAGAGCAGCCAGGCGCCAAAGAUCUCGUCGCGAGUGUCUUCCAGCCCCGCGAGCUCGGACACAAGCCUGGUGGACGUGAACGUGUACCUAAUUAUCGCCAUCUGCGCGGUGUCCAGCCUGUUGGUGCUCACGCUGCUGCUGUGCGUCGCGCUGCGGUGCUCCGCGCCGCCCACCGAGGGCGCGUGCGCGCCGGGGAAGCCGGUGCUGGUGUGCUCCAGCGCGGUGGGGAGCUGGUCGUACUCGCAGCAGAGGCGGCAGAGGGUGUGCUCUGGGGAGGGCCCGCCCAAGACGGACCUCAUGGCCUUCAGCCCCAGCCUUCCGCCCUGCCCAGUGCCAGUGGCGGAGGUGGAAGAACAGUCUGUUGGAGGGGAUCACUCUAAAAAGCCACGGCAGCCCAACCCUGACUGGCGUUAUUCUGCCUCCUUGAGAGCAGGAAUGCACAGCUCUGUGCACCUGGAGGAGGCUGGCAUUCUAUGGGCUGGUCCGGGAGGGCCUGAUCAGCAGUGGCCAACUGUAUCCAGUGCGACACCAGAACCAGAGGCAGGAGAAGUGUCCCCUCCAGUCGGUGCUGGUGUCAACAGCAACAGCUGGACCUUUAAGUACGGACCAGGCAACCCCAAACAAUCUGGUCCCGGUGAGUUGCCAGACAAAUUCAUUAUCCCAGGAUCUCCUGCAAUCAUCUCCAUCCGGCAGGAGCCCACUAACAGCCAAAUUGACAAAAGUGACUUCAUAACCUUCGGCAAAAAGGAGGAGACCAAGAAAAAGAAGAAAAAGAAGAAGGGUAACAAGACCCAGGAGAAAAAGGAGAAAGGGAACAGCACGACUGACAACAGUGACCAGUGAGGUCACGUGAUGGGAAACAAGCCACUUAGCCAGUUUUUGUAAUUAAAGGCAACUCUCUCCCUUGUAGCAACUCCCUGCCCACUCCGUUCUCCCCUCCACACGAGCCCUGUCUUAGAGACCUCAGAAAUCUGCAGCAAGUGCCCUGUGUCUGUUUAGAUCACAUUUAGUGGGUUUUGUCUUGAAAGCUUUACUAAGUCUGGUGUUAACUCUCUCUCUUCGCUCUGGCUUGUUUUCAGAACCUAAAAAGCAGACCCAAGUUUCCUUUCUCCUCCGCCGCAAAGGAGAGGCUUCCCAGCCCCACCAGUGAGAGGUUGGACUCUCUGCCCUGUGCUCCGGGGAUCCUGUCUUGAUGACACUUGCAGGGCAGGCUGAAAGAUUUUGAGAUUGAGCAGCUUGGGUAUCUGUGGCCACUAGGUAUGUGUGGCCACCGGGGGUGGGUGAGUGCCAGACCUUGGCUGGGAUGGGCCAGAUUAUAGACUAGGCGGUGCAGGGAGGGCCGGGAAACAAAGGCAAACACACAGAGAGAGUUACCAGUCUGGAGGGGAACUGCAAAACUUAACAGGGCCCAGACUUUCUAAAUCUUACAACUCAAGAGGUUUGGGCCACCCUCAACCAGACAAAACUGCCCCCUCGGACAAGGCUUUAGCAGUCCCUACAGGCGGCACCUGCAAGCCGAUAGUUCAGUGUUCAGCAAGGGGCCAGCCAGGGCGACAGAAGCAGAUCUGAUGUGUUUCCUGUACAUGUCCUUGUGCUCACUUUAUUAAAAAUUCUUUUGCACACACUUUUUGUGAAAAGGCCAGAUCCUUUUCCAACGACACAUAUGCAAAAGCAAAAGAAAAAGAAGAAAACCCCAACACCUCACUUUAAGCUGUUUGUCGUUUGAUAGAUUUAUUUAAAAAAAGAGAAAAUCUAUAACUAUAAAUCUUUAAAGAGAACUAUGAUGAAGACAAUUCCCCUAAACUCUCCUCAAAAGCGAGUUCAGUCUACAGCCAUUUAAACGAUCACCGCUGCUACAGAAGUGCUUUAAGAGAAUUGCCUAUAACAUCUGUAUUAUACCGGCCACCCGCCAAUCACAGCUUUACUCUUUCAGGUCACUCUGGGGCUGCCUCUUGCAUGUAUUAAUUACUAAAUAAAAGGAUCUUUCUCUCUCUCUCUCUCUCUUUUCUAAGAAACAAUUACGUGCACUUUGUAUACACAACCUUCUCUAGCCAACACUAUCAAGACCCAGAAAUCGAAGAAAAAGAUUGUUUUCUCAUACACACAGUGAGCAGACUUUGCAGUCCUCUGAUUCUGUGAUUUGUCUUGGUGUGCUAGCUGACACCUCCGCUCUGGUUUCGUUUACCUUUUCUAUGACACUCUGACUUGCUACUCUUGCUAACACAUACGAUGUUACCCGAGACCGAUCUCCCAUAUGUAUGCUGUAUGCUAUUAUAAGACUCCCGAAUAUACUUACUCCGUGCUUGUGUAUGUGAAUGUUAAUGCAACUAUUACCUAGAGUGAACUUUAAGCUUUACCGUUGAAUGUAAUUCCAUUAUAUUUUCUUUGGUACACCUGUGAAAAAGUGGAGUAGUGUUUUUUUUAAGUAUUGUUAAUCAGCUUUUGUGUAUGUAAGACACAGUAAAAUUUAUUUCUCAAAUCAAGAUACUGGUGAUUCAAGGAAUUUUAUUUAUGGUCAGCCAAGAGCUGUCUCUUGCCAAGACUCCUGCUGGCAAGGGAACAGAUAAAGCUGUUUUUUCCUAGUAACAAUUCUGGAAUGAACACUGAAGAUAUUCCCUGAGGGCGCCAAGCACAAAAUUUACCAAUCUGACCUCUUUCGAGUUGCAGAAUGCUUUGAAAUUCUAAUGAUGUCUGGAAUAUCCGCUCCGAGAGAACAAUAAAAUUUACUGUCACCUUAAACAAGAAAUUUUAAUUUUGUUAAAAUGUACAAUUUAGAAGUUUGAGUGAUUAUAUUUUAAAAGUUAACAUAAAAGAGGUAGGAGUCUAUUUCAAAACAAAAGUAGUAAAUCUCAAAAAAAUCUGUUUUGUCUAUUUGAGCUUCAUUCUCCCACAUUUUGAAGGGUGUGUAACUUCAGCUCUGCAGGAUUGCAUGGGGUAAAACUUGUUGCCAACACAUCUGAACCAUUGCCACAUUGUAGGUCGUGAUCAUUUUGCCCCACUGAAACCCAUGUAUCUGACCUUACGUGCCUUUUGAAUACUAGGAGAAUCGGGCUAAUUUAUUAAUGAUGAUAAUUAUAAUGUAUCUGUACAGCACUUUAGCACUUUUUACCUUUGCAAAGUGCUUUCCAAUCCAUGUUAGUUACUAGUUAUUACAGCUGUAAGGAUAAAACACGUCAUGUGGAUUCAUUUUUGAUUGGUGCUAUUGGUAUUUCCUCUGUUAUUGCUAAUAAAUGGACAAUGGUGGUAUGAAAGAAA